UUCAGUUUCAAUUCAAAUUUUGAGCUUUACGCUAACGAUUUCUCAUUAUGAAGACGGAGACAAUUGUCCUGCUUAUUGUGGUGCUGGGCGCCCACUCGCUGCUGGUGCUGGGCGAUUGCGUAUUUGUUGGACAGAAUUUGAAGGUGGGUGAUAGCUAUUCGCCGCCUGGGCAGUGCGUACAGUUCACCUGUCAGGCAGGUGGUGCCAUUACGGGCAAAGCCUGCCCAGCACUGGCCACCCUACAGCCCUGCAAGAUGGUCGAGGAUGACACAAAACCGUUUCCCCUAUGCUGUCCCUACUACGAUUGUGGAGAGAAGGAUCUAAGACUAUAGACAUAGAAGAACACAAAAUUAAUAAAUGCAAUACUAAUAACA